GAAAUUUUUUACAAACUCUUGCGCAUUUCUUCUCGGAGUGGCAGGAGUGUUAGAAAAAAAAGAAGCUCCACAACUGUCGGAUAUUUUCCAUUAAACACUUUAGAAGAAAGAAAGUCCGCGAGUCUGACGGUGACCCGGGAGAUUUUUGUAUUUUGGGAAUUUAGAAAAAAAAAAGUUGUUUCUUAUGGACCCCAACAAGUCUGCGACCGUUCCUCCGAUGGGGUGGUCUGAUGAGAAGUCCUCCAUGGGCCAGUCGGCCCCUCCGCCCUAUGUGGACAGCCCCAACCCUCAGCCCGGCCCGGGAUACCCACCACAGGCCCAGGGCUAUGGGGCCCCACCGCAGUAUGGAGGUGUAGGGUAUGGCCAACAGCCGUACCCCGUGGGUCAGCCGUACCCCAUGGGUCAGCCAUACCCUGCAGGUCAGCCGUAUCCAGGACAAAUGGCCGCUGUCAAUGUCCAGCCUGCAGUUUAUGUGACUCGAGGCCCGCUGGCUAACCCUGUCAACGACUACUUGGGCUACUCCAUCUUCACCUUGUUGUGCUGCUGCCUGCCUCUUGGGGUUGCUGCCCUCAUCUACUCCAUCUCAACCCGUGAAGCCAACCGCAUCGGCGACCAGAUAGGGGCGGAGCGAAGCAGCAAGACGGCCAGGACACUGAACCAUGUGGGCCUGGGAGUCGGCAUCGGGUUCCUUAUCCUCAGCAUUGUCUAUGUAGCCGUUGUGGCUUCUUAAAUCUGUUUAAACUUUUCCAUUUUGUAGUUUAUAUUCAUUCUGCUUCAGGUAAUUAGACCAUAUUAGCAACAUUACCGGUCAUCAGUAAGAGUUUUUCAUUUAAAUAUGUAAGACUGCAUUGAUUUGCUGAAAGACAUUCACAUUAUUUUAAAAAGUAAAACAGUAUAUGAUUUUCAUUAUUUGAACACAACUUUCUAUCUUUCUCGAUUCAUAUUUCAUCAACAUAUUUUGUGUCUUUGAUUCAACAUUUUUUCAGCUUUGAUGCCGUUUUUGUUCCACCACACAUGCAUACCCACAAGUAUCAUCCAAAGGAUACUUAAAAUUUUAUGAUUAUCAGUACAGUUUGUAGUGUGUCGAGUUUUGCUUUGCAUUGUCUAAUUGUACGGGUGAAAUAUCAUCGCCCUUCAACAGAAUUGUUGUCUGUAAAUAUGCACUAACCCCCUUUAAGCCUCUUUUGAGUAUGCUAACAUAUUAUUACAUUACAAAAAUCUAACCAAUGAUCGUUCAGAAAGAGGGAGUGAGAGCGAUUUUAGCUUUGUUUAGAUCACAUGAAUGAGUAGAAAAAAACAAAGGAUGAGCCUGUUUCUCAUGAAACCGUAUCUGAUGUGAGUGUACGCUCCAAGAGGACCUCGUCCUCUUUUCCAGUGAAUUCACAGCUUCACACAAUCAGCAGAAACUUUACAACAUCUGAGCCAAUAUGGCUAACGCAGCCAGUUGCUUAAUUGGUGGCUCUGGUUUAUCUGUUUUGAAAGCUACAGUGUGAUAUGUGCCGUUGUGUGUUUAUUAUCCAAUGAUUGCAUUUUCUUUUCUUAAACAGAGCUGAAACAGUUAAAUUUUACAUAUAAGUAAAGCAUAUUGAUAUAAGAAA